UCACUUUUUAAACUUUCGCAUGUGACCUUGGAAUAUGGUUCUGACUCCAAUUUUCCGUUUGGAGCAAACGGAUACAAAGCUUAAAGUUGUUAUACACGCUCCUUUGGCAAAGAUAUCAGAAAUGGAAGUAUGCGUUGAGGAUCAAACGUUUUAUUUCGAUUCUUCUCCAUAUUAUCUUAAAUUUGAUAUUCCUGGUUCUGUGGUGACGGAUGAGGAUACAUUUGAUUUUGAGUUCGUUGAUGGAGAUAUACACGUCACACUGGAAAAAUCAGAACCUGGAUAUUUCAAAGAUUUAGAUUUGAUUUCAAAACUAUUGAUAACAUCACCUGCACCUAAAGCUCAGAAGAGUUUAAUUGAAGAACUUAGUGACCCAGAGACACCACAAACAAACUGGUCAAUUGAUUGGCUUAGCACAUUAGAAAAUAAGUAUUCAAUACAGGAAGAGAUAAUUAUUUCGAAGCCAACUUAUGGUUUUAGUGGCUCCAAAUCUGGACUGUUCACAGUUGAGUCUGACUUAACACAUGCUGUGGAUUUAUCAGAUCCUGACGGUGUUGAUGCUGCUAAACGUUCAGAACUGAGGAAGUUAGAAGAGGAGAAAAAGUUUUCAACUGAUCAUUAUCUUGCAGAUUAUUUUGAGCCAGAUUCUUGGAUGCAUCUGUCUGACGUUGAUCUUCCUUGGGCAAUUAAUGAUUCUCCAGAUUUCUCCUCAGAUGAAAGACAUCGUUUAAUUACUCUUUCAUCUCGCCGACUUCCUCCUCCACCGGAGAGUGCUGACGAAGAGAAAUCUUUAUACCUGGGCUUACUUGAUUUAUUGUUUGCAUAUGUGUAUGAUUUUAAAAUUCGUGAAGGUGAUGAAAUGAGUGAAUCUGGAUGGAAUAUUGUCAAACUGGCAGCUACACUUUCCUGGUUCGAGGUUUAUCACUCUUUACCUGAGGUUCUUGUAUCAUUCUACAGGCGAGCACUUACGUAUCCUCUUGUACGAAGUUGGCGAUUUUGCACUAUUAUUAAACGAAAUGUUUCCCAUCUUCUGAAGCUUUCUAAUGCUAAAGAAUGGUGUUUAAAGUGUCUGUUAGAAAUUCGUGAAUUGUUAAUUGCCUAUCCUGGUUAUCAUGUAUUCGCAGAGUUAUACCUUAAUGAUUACAUUGUAUGGAUUCAGACUCGUGCUUGUCAAUCUAAGCUGAAUGAUCUUGGCAAGAGUUUAGAAACUUAUAAAAUGACUAAAGAUCUAAUUGGUUUACAAUUGAAAGAAAUUGAACAAGUUGGUCGUGAAUGCUUAGAAAUGGAAAAGCUUCAAAUGUCAUUGAAGGAAGCUUCUAUUUGUGAAAAUCAAGUGAAAAAGCCUGAUGACUCAGAAAUACUACAAACUUGAUUGACAAAUUUAUAUUUUUUAUUGUCUCUGGUUGUAUAAAGUGUGCAAAUUCCUUUUUGUGCUACUUUUGUUUGUACAUUACAUUCAUUACGACAUAUUAUUGUAGACGUGGAGACACAUUUGUAUAUAUUCAUUGUAUAUUAUAAAGGUUAAUGACUGG